AUGUCGGGCAUCGCGAGCGGCACGGCUGCUGGAGGGUCCGGUGUAGGACCUAGUAGGAGACGCUGGGACAAGGAGGAGUUUGAGAAUAGGGCCAAGGCUAGGGAUGAAGAGGAUCGUGAGAGGGCAAAAGAGAAUGAACAGAGGAUACAGCAGGGUGAGCCCAAUUUUAUCGCUUCUCUAUCCUCAUCCUUCCCUGACCCUUUCCCUCGCCAUGCGACGCUUGAUCUGGUCGCGCACUCUCGAACAGGCAAGAAGCCCACGUUCAAGCGUAAAGAGGACUUGCCCAAACCUACGGAACUGUUGCAGGCACGAAAAGAGGCGUUGGAGUUGGACAAGGAUGUGGGAAAGAGUCAGAUGGUGGAUGUGCUCGGGGAUGGAAGAAGAGGUGGACCUGGUUACUACUGCGAUGUGUGCAAGAGGACGUGCAAAGACAGUAUCGGAUACUUGGACCACAUCAACGGACGUAUGCGUAAGUAAAGCCGUCCAUCCAUCCAUCCAAGCAUGCAUGGUGGAGUCUAGGAGCUGAUCGGACUGCUUACAUGCGCUUUGGUGCUUGCUGGAUCGCUCUGCUACGCCACGCGACGAGACAGAUUUGCGCAGGAUAGGUCAGACGACCCAAGUAGCUCGAUCCAGCGUGGCUCAAGUGAGAGCACGCAUCAUGCUGAUCCGAGCCGAGAGGGAAGCAGCAGGUGGAGCAGCAAAAGGCACGACGUACGAUUUCGAGGCGAGGAUAGAAGCGAUUGCGAAGCAGCAGAGGAUGGAGAAAGAGGCAAGGAGGGCCAAGAAGAAGGAGUUGAAGACGAGGAUGCAGAAAGGGGACAAGGGCUUGAACGGAGGCGGAGAUGAGGAAAUGAUGAAGCAGAUGGGAUUUGCUGGGUUUGGCAAGAGAUGA